AACCUCCUUCAGUACUUUAGCGACUGCAAGAGCCCGUCGAGCGUGAGCAUCCACCUCCAGACGUGCUACACCAACUCGUGGCUCUCCGAGUACGACACGGGCCUCUACGCCGACGUGCUCCGCAACAACGCCAACGAAAAGUUUGCGUACGACCCCGUCGCGCAGACGCUGCAAGUCGGCAGCAACGGCCAGUGCCUCGACGCCUUCUCGACCGGCAACGGCAAGUUCGGUCUCCACACUUACGCGUGCGAUGCGACGAACGCGAACCAAAAGUGGGUGCUCCAAGACAAGCUGGUCAAGCACGCGACGCACGCCAACUUGUGCCUCGAUGCCGACCCGACCGACAGCGGCCACAAGGUGCAGGUCUGGGACUGCACGGAGUACAACAAGAACCAGUGCUGGAACAUUUUGCGUGUCUAA